CAAGAGUGGCAGCAAAGACGGUUCAGAGUCAAAGAGCGGUGGCAAAGAAGCAUCCAAAAGCGGUAGCAAGAGUGGCAGCGGAAAGAGUGGCAUCGACAAGAACAGCAGUUCCAAGGAUGAUGCCAGCGAUYUCAAUAGARAUUUGGGGMCUGAUGAAAUCGAUACCAAAAUGCGAAGAAGGGAUCGCAGAAAGAACCGAAAUAAAAAGUUUGUYGAUGAUGGCAACAUUAGUAACGCAGCCGUAYUGACGGAAAGCGACGACGGCUUCAUGGGAACCACACAACCCGAAUCAGCAACGCCAACYGCCACCCCAACCAAUAACAAGGACACMCGAAAGAAAGUGAACGAAUCAAGCACCAAGGACAAGAUGAAACGAAGAAAGAGGAUACGAAGCCGCAAUCUUCAAAAGAARGAGAGCGCCGUUAAACGAGUCUUCGACGGAGACAUUUACUACAAAGACAACAAUCCAACACCUGUUGUUCCAGGUUCUGAAUCACGGUGGCUGUCUUCCUCGUCCUGGAUUGGAUCGAUAUCUUCCUGGGCUUCUUCGAAAUUGACAUCGAUGCAAGCACCGGCUACUACGAACACGCGUAGUCAAUAUCUGUGAGCAACGAGCUCCUGCUGUCACUGACUUCGAACCUGCCCCAUCCUUCCUUUAUCCCAAUACAUCAUAUAUUUUAGAGCACACGCACACCCACRAAGCACACCAGCAGUAGUAUCAUGCAGAUAACACCACCACCAGCGUGAUAGUAUCCUCUACUACUGCUAUACAUCACAUUUAAUGCUAUUCUUCAGGGARUAGUAUAUCAUAAAGAAUAGAAUACAGAACAACAU